AUGCGUGAUGAGGAAGAAGAAAAGAAAGAAGAGGGAGAAAAAUAUAAGAGCAAAGAGAGUGGUGCUGAGGUCUCAACUAUUAAGACCAAGACCAAAAGCCAGUUAGCUCAAGAGGCCGGAAGAGUGAUACCACUAGUUUCAUCAAAGGAGGCAUCGAGAAUAGGAAACCUAAAGAUUGAACCUACAAGGAUGACGCUCCAGCUGACAAACUGUUCCAUCACAAGACCAGUCAGAGUGGUAGAAGACGUCCUGAUCAAAGUCCAUCAACUCACUUUUUCGGUGGACUUUGUAAUCAUGGACAUUAAAGAAGAUGUUGAGAUCCCCUUGAUUCUGGGUCGACCAUUCAUGGUGACUGCAAAGUAUGUUGUGGACAUGGGGAAGGGCAACUUGGAGAUGAGUUUGGAAGACCAGAAAGCCACCUUCAACUUGUUUGAGGGAAGUAAGCAUCCUAGUGAUAGCAAGACUUGUUUUAAGGUGGGGGAAAUUGAGAAAAAAGCUAACCUCGUUGGGGGGCACCUGAAUUAUGUGUUCCUAGAAGAAGAUGAAGCCAAACAAGUUGUGGAUCAUAUAGACUCUUCUAGUGUCUUUCUCAGGCAAAGACCCGAGCCAUUCCAGACAUUCCACCAGCUCCUCCACCAGUGA